AUUUAUUCUAAGUAAAAACUCUUUAUUUAUUAUUAAACAUUUCUGUUAUGGGUUUGAGGAGGUGCAAAUGCAAAUAUUCUUCCCUCCACCUCUACUUAUGAGACUGCUGAAACCAUCCAGAGAUACUGGACCAUCACACACAGUUAAACAAGAUGGACUGUAGGACAUUGAUGCUGCUUUUGACUGUCUGCUAUGCAGAGGUGUUUGAGCAGAAUCCAACUCUUAAAGUUCUUUCCUCCUUUAUUGAGGACGGUACCUAUACUGCCUCCUGCUUUGCCAAAGAGUUUGCACCAAAGAAACAUGAGAUCAAAUGGCUGAAAAAUGGAGCAGACAUCACCAGCAAAAUAGAUUUGAUCACUACAGUUUCUGAAUCAAGAAAGGCAGAUGGAAAGAAAGUGUACAACGCAGCAAGUUUUCUCACAGUAAAUUCCAGUGAUGUGAAUGAAGAUACUGAAUUCACUUGUGUGUUUACGGGAGGGCAAAAUGCAUCUUUGAAUAAAAGUGACAGAGACAACACACUAGAUGUUUCCACAACUGCGAAUCCGACAAACAGGCCAACGGUGACAGUCCACAUCCCCCUCCAGCUCCACACUGACCAGUUAAAUCCUCAAGAUGAAAUCACUCUGGUGUGUCUCGUCACCAGUACUGUGAAUAAGAUGUAUAAAAUCAAAUGGUCAGAAAGUAAUGGAAGAAAUCCUGGACGUUAUGUUACAGGCACCAACAUCCGUGCACAUCAGAGCAAAAAUGACAAAAAAUGGCGAAGUAUGAGUCUUUACACCACCACUAAGGAAAACUGGUACAAAAAAGAUCCAGCCAAAACGUUCACCUGCCAUGUCCGAUCUGAAAAUAUUUCAAAACAAGUGUCCAGCGCCCAUGGUAAUCGCGAUGAAUGUGACUUAAACUACUAAGCUUUAAAUGUGAUAUUUUCUGCUUGCGUCAUUCUUUGUCUGUGAUAGUUUUCUAAAUGAAAACCUGUGCACUUGUGAUGUCAGUCACCGUGAGAGAAAAUCAAUGCUUUUUGUUGUCAUCAUGUUGUUCUUCAGUCUGUGUGAGUCACAGUGUCUAAUUGCUUGAUAUGUGUGCUGUAUGUUUGAAAUAAAUGUUGCAUGGAAA